UAACCUCUUGACGCAUCCUAUACAUUCAUAAUAUAUAAAAGAUGAGAAGUAAUUAAAAGAAAGUGAUAAGUUAACGUACAAAGUACACGACUCCCCUUCUUCUCAAAACGGAAAUAGAAGUGUCAAAAAACGUAAAAUUGGAUAAAGUUGACGGCACGUUAAGUAAAAAAAUUAUUCGUGUUUUUUUUAAUUCAACGAAACUUAACCUCUCAAUCGGAAAAAGCCACGAUAUUAGGCGGCGCGGUUAUGCGACGAAUUCACGUUGAUCCGACUGGAAAUGCGAAUGUGAUUGUAUGAUAUCUUGUAGUUAGAGCAUUAUUAUUGAUAACUCGUGAAGAAUGCUGCACAAUACGGCGACCUUGUCGCCUCAGGAUAUUUUGAUUGAGGUUAGAAAAUUUAUCUCCGGUGCCAUCCGGCCUUCUCACAGCACGAAUACGCAAGACGUGACGCGCACGGCGCUAUCCCUGCUGAAAAAUGUACCCGCGGCGAGGGAAGCCGUCCUCGAAUAUUUUUGCAACGUAUUCUUCGUCGCGGUGACGAAAUACGUUCGCCAAAUCGAGACGAAUCAGAGUAUACCAAUACCCGAAGAGAGCAUUAUAACAGAGAUUCACGCCAUCCUGAGCAGUUUCGUUAAUGAGAAUCCAGAAUCCUGGGCGCCUAUCAUAUCAGCAUGGUCGUUGGACCUACUCGGUAAAAUAUCGUCCGACUAUUCAAAGCGUGGCAAUUUGCCUGUCAAUGCAGGCAUCAAUGAUUUUCUGCAGCAGUGGAUGUCGUGUCGUGCAACGAGAACUUUGAUAGACAUUACCGCUCAAUGUCUACAGUGCCUUAUGCAUUCCGAUACGGAGUCUUGUAUCAAGGCGUUGUUAGACACCAGCGUGCUGCAUAGUCCGUACUUUGAUUGGGUGGUCGCUCAUGUAGGGAGCUGUUUUCCGAACACUGUGAUCACUAGAGUGCUAUCUUGUGGACUGAAAGACUUCUGCGCCAUGGGCUAUGAGCAUAAUGUUAAGAAUCCAAAGUUGAAUUCGGUUGUCGGCAUAUUGGGACACUUGGCGGGUAGCCAUUUUCAAGAUAUUAGAAAAGCGCUGCUAGACUUAUUCGAGUGGAGUUUGGAAGAAGACUUGAGUCUUGACGACGAUACCAAGAAGCAGAAAUUGGCCACGGUACCGUUUCUUCUGAAUCUGGCCUCGCUUUCGCAAACUCUUUUGAAAGCAAUGACCAGCGACGUGUUACAAAUAUUGAGGCCAGACAUUAUACCACGACUGGCAUUGUUUGCGGCAGACUGGUGUAAAUACUUUGAUAAUCAACCAGCGGCGUUAAUGGACUUGACAGUGCAUCUGACGUUGGGAUGCGAGCAAGGCGCGUCACAGAUAAUCAAUAUACUGCUGGAUACGAGUCUGAACACGAGCAAUGUCGGCUAUCACAGCGUCAAUGCGGCGCAAAAUGUGAAAAACAUUUGUCGAGAGAUACUGGAAUUGGUUCUACAGGAAAUCGAUCUGUUAUUGAGAACGCACGGACCGCAGUCAGCCAAUAUCCUUCUGCUGAGUUCUGUCAAACAGGAGAUAUCGUUGAUAGUGCCGAUGAUGCUAGAUCCUAAUCCGCUGCGUGUACAAACGGCUGUCAGACUACUAAGUUUUCUCAGAAGUCAAAAUCAGAACAUAGUCGUCUUCACGGCGUCCUACAUGCUGAUGAAAGCUCAAACAAUGUUCCAUCUCGCGGCCUUAAUACGUCUUAUCACUAAUAACGUCGUACAGUUUCCCACGAGUAAAUCCGGAUUCGAAAAUAUUCUUGCCAGUCACGAUUAUUUUGCACAGGUCAUGGAGCAAGCACUUAGAGAGAUACAUUAUAAAAGCGGAGGAAUAAAUAAGGAGGACUCGAGACAGUUAUUCAAGAAUCUUAUUAUAAUGUUGAAAUGGGAGAAAUCAAAUAAGGUGGCGAUAUUGCAGUCACAGAUGAUUAGCAGAGCUCUUAGAGCUAAUUUAUAUCAAAUAUCUUGUUUAUUGAUGAAAAAUGAUGAUUUUGACUUGGCGAAUGAUAUUGUUACUCUCUUGGAUCUGUUAAGCACACCCGAAAAGGAUCAUGUUCUCGAUGUGGAACUUAUGCUGAAAUUGACGAGGGCGAUCAUACAGUAUUUCUUUUCAUGCAUUGCUCAAACUGAUGUUAUAAAAAAGCAACAAGGAGUAAAGAUGGUAUGUCAUUUAUUGAAGGAUUUGGCAUGUUAUUCUACGUCCGCACGCGUAUUGGCGCUCAGAGAGAUAUUAGGAAAUAGUAUCAAUAAUGAGCAAGCCAAGUAUUUUGGCGCAAAAGAGAAAUUUGAGCCUCGUUUUGAAGAGAUGUUAUUAUUACAUCAAAAUCAUAAACAGGUGACGAGCACCAUGUUAGCGCAACGACAUUCGUCGGUAUUUCAUGCUGGUGUGAUAGGACACGGUCCACGAAGGCUUCCGCCGGAAAAUUCGAUCGAUAAGGAAAUCGUUGCUUUAAACAAAAUGUUACUAAUAGACGUCAUAAAGGCUUGUUGCAGCAACCAGGAAUCAGAUCGAUAUCCAGUUAACUUGGACGCUCUGACAAUGGUCAGUUUGUUGUUGGUUGAAUUGGUAUCGCCUGAUGUUAUGUACAAUGGUCUACCGUGGCCUGAUGAGGAAUUUACAAAGGUAACAAUAGAAAGAGAUUUACAAAUUCGUCGCAAAUUUAAGGAUGUUCCUCUAUUGUGGACGUUGUUAGAAUUGACCGCCUGGUACAGGCCGGCGUUAGCGUAUUGUUCCGUUUUACUGAGAGGAAUUACUGCAACCGUUAUGGCUAAUUGGAAUACAGAGGAAGGCGUUUCGCUUGUCAAUAUAAUGGCUCUUGGUCAAUUAUUACCACCGCCGCUGGCGAGUAUUAGGGACAUCCUACGAGUUUUACAGCCUCACCAGAUAAAUACAAUAAUGAGGGAAUGCCUGUGGGCGUACAUGCGCGAAAAUGUGCCAUCUCCAGCGUUAUUUACGCGAAAUGAAAGCACUAACAUAGCCUGGAGAGACAUCGAUAUGUCAUCGCCCAAUGCACGUUUCACAGAUACACUCCGUUUAGUAUUACUGGCAAAUAUUCACACUUUAGGAUCUUUAUAUUCGACAUUAUUUUAUAAUGAAAAUAAGUAAUAUAAGAUACGAUAUAUUUUUGAGACACAAUACUUAAAUUAUUUUUAAUCAUAUGCAUUUUGUAAAUACUAUUGACGUACGUGAUAGUA